GAUUGACAAUCAGUAUCUGUCUCAUUAACGGUAGUUUUUAUUAACUGACUGUAGCUGGGGGGGGGGGGGGUGACACUGACAGACGGGUCCAGCUGCUCGAGACAAACGGUCACCGUGAGCGCACAUCACUGGCAGCUUUCGCCCCCACAGCUAAACCAUUGAAUGCGAGUAAACUGUGGGACCAAAUGAGACGUGGGAUGUAGCAGCAGAAAUGUCAGCCAGCUAACGUUACGUUUGAUGGAGAAAAAGCUGCUUCGAUACAAACAAGUGGUCCAGCCAGGUGACUGUAUGCUACUGCUUCUGUUGUAGCUAACAGGCAAUUUGCUGGUCAACUGCCAGCUAACUUUAGCCUUGUCAGUUUCUCGCCAGGGCCUCUUGUUUCUGCCUCUUGUUAACGUUACGUACGCUUUCGGGAAUUUCAAGGGCCAUGGAUUUCCCAGGCCACUUUGAACAGAUCUUCCAGCAGCUCAACUAUCAGCGUGUCCACGGUCAGUUGUGCGACUGUGUCAUCGUGGUGGGCAGCAGACACUUCAAGGCCCACCGCUCGGUGCUGGCAGCCUGCAGCACCCACUUCAGAGCCCUGUUUACAGUGGCAGAAGGAGAUUCGAGCAUGAACAUGAUCCAGCUGGACAGCGAGGUGGUGACAGCAGAAGCUUUUGCUGCUCUGGUGGACAUGAUGUACACUUCAACGCUGAUGCUGGGGGAGAGCAACGUCAUGGAUAUCCUCCUUGCAGCCUCACAUCUGCACCUCAACAAUGUAGUGAAGGCCUGCAAACACUACCUGACCACACGCACCCUGCCCAUGUCGCCCUCUUCCGACAGACUCGCCCAUCACCACCCUCAGCAAGAGCAGCAGAGGCACAGGCAGCAGCAGCAAGUAGCAGAUAUAGCAGUGAACCCUACUCUAGCAGCUAAUGCUAACCUUGCAGCAAACGCUGCCACGUCAAAGUUGCAGCGCUCCUUCCUCCUGCAGCAGCUGGGGCUGAGCUUGGUGAGCUCUGCUUUGGGUGGGAUGGAGGAGGAAGGAGUCGGAAAUGUAGUUGGCAGUAGAGUGGUCGAACAGAGAGCCUCCUUCCCAAUCCGACGCUUCCACAAACGCAAGCCCUCCAUGGCCCUAAGCCUGUCGGACGAGAGACCCAGGCAGAGGCAGCGCCCCUCUGCCCCUAACCUGGGGCUGUUGGGAGAAGAAGGGGUGAACACAGAGCGCGAGGAAGGAGCACUACUCUCCCCGGACUCCCACAAGAUGGGGGAUGAAUCCAAAUUGGAUGCCGCAAUCACUGGCUUAGUAGGGGUGUCCCAAGAUGAUCCACAGAUGCCCAGCCAGUCGGAUAGUGGACAUUGUGAAGGGGGGGAAAUGGGGAGAAUGCAGGGAGGGGUGAGGAAGGAGGAGGACAUGGAAGACCAGGACCACAAGGUCAACAGAGGAGGGGUGAAGAUCAAAUCAGGGACAGAGGAGGAGGCAGAAGAACAGGAACUGAAGGUGGUGGUUAAACGGGAGCCGUUAAGUUCGCCUGAGCCAACUGAUGAAAUUAGCGACGUGACAUCGCUGGCUGAGCCCGGAGGCCAGGAGGAGAAGGCGGAGCUGAGCCCAGAGAGCAGUGACCGCAGCUUCACCUCUGAACCCCAACCCAGCUCUGACUCUCUGCUGCAGUCCAGCUCCCAGAUGCUCCUCAAGAGCAGCAUGGGAGGAGGCGCCGGAGUCGGAGGAGGUUUUGGGUGUAACAGCGGACUGGGUGGCAAAGCUGGUUUUAGUAUUUCUAGUUUUCUCAACCCUAAGCAUUUCGGAACUUCCGGCGCAGGUUUGGUUGCUGCAGAGGAUGACGUCCCCAACACAACAACUGCCGAUGCAGUGGCACAUCACUUCCUGCUCAGACAGGAAGCUGCUGGGCCAUCUGGCUCUGCCUCUUCCUCUCUCCUGAAGGUAGGUCCGCUCAGUGGCGAGAGUCGCAACGGUUUUGGAGACAACCUACAAGCCGAUUCUCUCUUCCUACGCCCCCUGCAUGAUGGUUUAGGGAACCAUAGAGGAAGUGGUAGUGGAGGGCGUGGAGGAAUAGAUCCCUUUUGUUUGGACUUCCAACACUCUAGUCUAGGGCUUCACUCCCUGGGGCGACCCUCACAAGGAGCAGGGGGAGUGACUGCUGCUGCUCUGGGUUAUCCAGGUUACAGACGUAUUGCUCCGAAAAUGACCACCGGCUUGGGAGGAGGAGGAGAAGGAGUGGGUGGUGUUCUCCAGGAUGCUGCCUCUUCCUCCUCAAGUCUGACAAGUCCUCUGCUUUUAAACGAGAGAGGUGGAUAUGAAAUGAAUAAUGGCAGGCCCACCUCUCUUCCCCCUCAGCUGACCCGAGCUUCAGCAGACGUCCUGUCCAAGUGCAAGAAGGCUCUGUCGGAGCAUAAUGUCUUGGUGGUGGAGGGAGCUCGGAAAUACGCCUGUAAAAUCUGCUGCAAAACCUUCCUCACUCUGACGGACUGCAAAAAACACAUCCGCGUCCACACAGGAGAGAAACCCUACGCAUGUCUCAAGUGUGGAAAGCGCUUCAGCCAAUCCUCCCACCUGUACAAGCAUUGCAAGACCACCUGUUUGCGCUGGCAGAACAAUAACAUGUCCAAUGCCAUGCUGUAGGACUGAGGUCACGGCAUCAAAGUGGAGCGGUGCGACCGGAUGAACACAUUAGGAAUCAGUGAUGGGCUGAAUUCAAAGUCUCAAAAAUGUUUCGAUUUUUCCGAAGCUGUGACUGAGCAGCCAGCUCUGAUCAGCUGUGCUGUCCUGACGACAGACCAAAGAUAGGGAUAAUAAAGUAAUCGUAUCUUUUCCAACACUGUCAAGUUUGUUUUAAUGUAAAGACAUUUAACCUGUAGAAGAUUAUAGGGGUGCAGGACAUGUAAAGGUGCCACGUUUCUUGCUAUGGCUUCAUCAUAGAGAACCUUAGAUGCACUGUAUGCUCCCCUGUUGUAAGCAUGAGGAUUUUCUAUCGGUGUCAAAUCAUGCAGCCCAUGUUUGCAUAAUAUGAUGUGGGCCAAUUUGCUUUUUUAAAAAUCAUUUUGUUAAAGGACCAGUGUGUAAGAUUUAUGGGGAUGUAUUGGCAGAAAUUGAAUAUAAUAUUCAUUCUUAUGUUUGCAUUAGUUAUUAUCACCUGAAACUAAGAAUCGUUGUCUUUUCGUUCCACGGAGUCCGUCCUGUCGCAGUAGCUGAGAACGGACAAACCAAACGCUGGCUCCAGAGAAGACCUUUUGCCUUUUUUUUUUUACGUUGAAGCGGCCGCCUGAUUUGGACGUUACAUUACAUUACAGGUCAUUUAGCAGACGCUCUUAUCCAGAGCGACUUACAGUGAACUAAGUACAGGGACAGUCUCCCUGGAGCAACUCAGGGUUAAGUACCUUGCUCAGGGGUACAAUGGUGGCAGCCUGGUACUGAACUCCCGACCUUCUAGUGUUUUGUUUGGAAGGCGUACCACUAGGCCAUCACCACCCGGUUGGACGGUACGAAUGGUUUGGAAGACGAAGAAUAGGAACAAAUGGAGGAUGAUACUUAUUUAGCGAAAAAAUAAAAAAAGCGUUUCAAAGAAACAAAACAAAAUGUGGACAGUCUGCAACCUCACCACUAGAUGCCAAUAAAUCCGACACACUGGUCCUUUUUAAGUGACAUUUAUCUGCUGAGGGGAUCCCUAAAUGCUGAACAUCUAUAGUUUGUAGUACGCUUGUUGAAGCAAAUUUGACUCCCUAAUACUACGACUACUGCAGAUGAGAGGCAGCGUCAACAUUAAUAACAAACAUCGUGUAAAUGACUGUGCUUACGAGUAGUUUUUACAUUGCACAUUUAUAAAACGUCCCACAUCAGACUGAUGAGUCUGACUCUGUGCAAGGGGAGUCAUGUAGACUGACUCGGAUUGGGCGCCAGAUAUAAAGACUGUUAGUACUAAGAGCUGCUGAUGGUUGUGUGCUCAUGAUACUCUACUGUUCAAAAAGGUCAACAGAACUGGAUUGAAUCCUGUGAGGCAGGCUGAGGUGAUGCUGAACUCAACCUUUAGUGGGUUUUCUUACCCUGUUGUUGGUAUGCAGGGAAAACCGUCUUCCAAGUAUUAUAAACUUGAUUCUUAAUUUACUGUAGUGAUGAAAGUUGAUGCGAUUGACCUUGUCGACCAGGACGGGAGCAACACAAAAGAACAUUUCUCAAUAGCUGAUAAUGGAUGUUCAUGCUAAUCCACCACCAAGUCGGGUCAAAUGUUUUGACCUCUGUUGUUGCCUUUCAGUCCAAGCGCCUUUGAAUUGCCAUCAUCAGAAGUGUUGCUGAGCUUUGUUAAAUUUAAGAAUAAGUCCCUUUGCACUGAUGGGACCGUCUCACUUCCUGUGACUACAAACGUGCAUAUCUGAAGUUUUGGAGGAUUGGGGAAACAUUGAAUUGCUCUGAUCAACCUCUUGCCCCAAUUAGCGCUCGCCAGGCAGAGCUAUUAACCGUAGAAUUAAGUUUCAUUGUCUAGAGGAGCAAUGAGGGAGAGAAAAGUGUCAACUUUCACCAUCUUUGUAUUACAAGGAAGGAAACGCAUCUGCAUUCACUGGGCCUUUCUUUGUGAGAAAACUAUUAUUCAUAUAGUAUUGCAUUAUAAUGACAUUUUAAUACCUAGAUAACAACAGGAAAAUGCGCCGUAAAUGCACCUUAUUUUGUGUCAUGAUGUGCAAAACCUGCACAUUUUUGGGGAUUUUCAAAUGUGUCAUUUCGAGACUUUCCCUCCUUAUUGCUUACUGACUGGGAACGGCCACAGAACUUUCAGCUGUGGUCAACAAGUUUACUGACCGUCCACACAUCAGAAAAUGUUCCACGGUCGCUGGUGUUCUUGUGUGUACAGUAUGUGCGUCCAUUAAAAGGGUAAUGAAGUUGUGCUGAGAGGCAGUCGUCUGAAGAAAACUUCACUUUGCUGAGUCCAGCGCGUGUUUGAAAAGGGCUUUAGAAAUGUAAAUAUUGCACAUUUGUGGUUGGUUUCAUCAUUUUUCUCUUGGAGGAGAGACAAAAGAACUAAACAUUGUGUGUUUGUUUGCUACUGUACUUGAUAUCAGUGUCUCUUCAUACAUUUAAUGUUGCAUCUGUACAAAAGCACUUAGACAAAUCAUUUUUUUAGAACUAAUAUGUUUACUGGAAUGUUGAAAUAUGUGAAAACUUUGCUGUAUUGAAAUUAUCCAACUCCACCAGCUCCAGAUUCCCCCCCCCCCCCUCUUUACACGACCAUUGUGGCAUUUCUGGUGAUUGGAGAUGCAAAUACACAUUGGGAAAUUUCAGAAAAUACAGGGCUUCCUGUCAUUGUUUUAUGUUUCAGCAGCUCUUUUUAUCUAUGUAAUUACGUUAAUUUCAAAUUGCAACUUAAACUUCUCAUAUACUGUAAGUUUGACAACCUUUUUAAUUGAUUAGCAUAAGAUAACGCUGAGAAGGAAUCUCAAUUUGCAGCUCAUAAAAUCAUAUAAAGGAUUUUUAUCUUUUACAUCAAGCCAGUUUCAGAUGCCUUACUUCCUGCGGGUUGUAAAGGAGAGCAGCUUCAUUGGUACACGGUUGGUUAAUUGAAAUCAGUGUUGAUGCAGUGUUGUAGAGUUCUGUUUUAGUGAACCAAAAAGAAAAAAAUAAUACAUGUUUGCCUUUUUUGUUUACGUUCUUGCUUGCUGUAUUGUGUCACCUACACUGUCAAUGCUUCAAUUUCUAGUUGGCACCUUAUUAUUCUGUACACUGUAUACUGUUCAAUACACUGUUAGCCCGUACAACAUUUUUAUUUGACACCGUUGUUAAUGUUGACUUUUUACUUGAGAAGAGUAAUUGCCUUGUAGGAAGUGUCUCCCUGUGAACAUAAGCUGACCUGCCGGUCUCUCUGUAAUUCUUGACACCAUGGAAGUAAAGUUGUUGAAGCUUGGUUGCAGAAUUUAAAAAAAAAAAGAUAACUGAUGGUUAAAUCUCAAAUGUGUUGCUCUGUGUUGCUUAGUCGCUCGCAUUCAGCCUCCUCUGCGAAGAGGAAUACAGAGUUGUAUUUGGUGAAGGAGAGACGUAGUCCAUGAAAAUGGCGUCCACACAGUUGCCUGUUAAGGAUUAUUAUGGUGCUGUCUUCUAAAGCUGUUUCAUAAACGGUUAAUGUGAAUCUGCAAAAUUGCACUGACUAUUACCCCAUUUAUGAAUAUGCCAAAAAUGUUAAAAUACAUAAAAGGCCUAAAUUGAUUAUGAAAGUCACUGCCUUAUGCCCUCUAGCUUGAAAAGCUGGGCUUUUGUUUAUAUGCCAAAUCUGAUGUAUUUGUGUGUUUUCUGUAUACCUAACAUAAUGUAACCAUGAGGACUAAAUGUGUGUCUCUUUACUGUUGAGAUUGUACAGUAUGUUCAGUUGUUGUAUGGACUGAAUUAAAAAAAAAAAAAACAAUGAAA